AUGAGCAAGGUCACAGUGCAUCAUCUCAACAACUCACGCUCAACCCGGGUGCUCUGGCUACUCGAAGAGCUCGGCAUCCCUUACGACAUUGUCCAGCACAAGCGAGGCAAUGAUCUGCUCGCACAAGACGAUCUCAAAGCUGUCCAUCCCAUGGGCAAAGCGCCCGUCAUCACCGUUGACGGCGCGACCAUUGCCGAAUCGGGCGCAUGCAUCGAAUACAUUCUCGCUCGCUUUGGUCAAGAUUCGCCCCUUCGAGUUGAUCCUGCUUCGAAGGAGUAUGCAGACUACAUCUACUGGAUGCACUGCGCCGAAGGCAGCGUCAUGUCGACGUUUAUACUCAAUAUGAUGCUCGGCAGAGUGGCAAGUUCAGAAGUACGCAAGCAGAUCAUGGACCCCAGAAUAAAGACGGCGCUUUCGCAUAUUGAGGCACAACUAGCGCGUCAUGACGGUAAAGGACUUGUCAAACCGGGUUUGACGGCGGCCGAUAUUCAGAUGAGCACGAUCUACGAGACUGUAGAGUCGAUGGGUUUGUUGCCGAGUUAUCCGUCUAUCGAGGCAUUCUACAAAAGCAUGCACGCCAACCCCCACUACAAAGAAGCAGAGAGCAAGGGCGGACCUGUCGACUUCAAAGCCUUCCUCAAGGCAAAAUCGUAG